UGCUGCGGAAUGUGAUGAAGAUGUGAUGAAGAUGUGACAUUCUGUCGGUUCGGUGUGAGCGAGCGCGUCAGCCAAUCAGCGGCCUCCUCCCGCUCCCGCGGCGCUGUGAUUGGCUCUCAGCCGGACAGACUCUCACAUCACGAGCUUCAUCUUCACAUCGAGAUCAGAUCGAGACGGAAAGUCAGUCGGGAAGGAAUUAAACACUGAAACUCUCUUCAUCUGUUUUCAGAUCAGUCAAGAUGAACAGCAGGAGUCAGGAGUGUGUGCAGGCGCUCAGAUAUCUCAGUAAAGAGGAGGCGGUCGCCAUGGAGACGGAGUUGCUAAGGGAUUAUCGCUUCGGACGGCAACAGCUGACGGAGAUGCUGGGACACGCGUGUGCGACCGCCAUCGCAAAGGUCUGCAGGGACGAGAAUCACAGUUGCACUUAAAGACGCUCUUUCUUUAAUUAUUCCACUGAUUAUUCAUUUACUGUUGUUUUGAAAUACUGAAAACUUUAUAAUUCAGAAUUGCAAGAUAUAGAAGUCAGAUUUAUGAGAUCUAUAAUUAAAAAUUGUGAGAUAUAUAAUUCAGAGUUGCGUCAUAUUAAGUCAGAAUUGCGAGGUAUGUAAGUCAGAAUUGCGAGGUAUGUAAGUCUGAAUUGCGAGAUAUGUAAGUCUGAAUUGCGAGGUAUGUAAGUCUGAAUUGCGAGGUAUGUAAGUCUGAAUUGCGAGAUAUGUAAGUCUGAAUUGCGAGAUAUGUAAGUCUGAAUUGCGAGGUAUGUAAGUCUGAAUUGCGAGAUAUGUAAGUCUGAAUUGCGAGAUAUGUAAGUCUGAAUUGCGAGAUAUGUAAGUCUGAAUUGCGAGAUAUGUAAGUCUGAAUUGCGAGGUAUGUAAGUCUGAAUUGCGAGAUAUGUAAGUCUGAAUUGCGAGGUAUGUAAGUCUGAAUUGCGAGAUAUGUAAGUCUGAAUUGCGAGGUAUGUAAGUCUGAAUUACGAGGUAUGUAAGUCUGAAUUGCGAGAUAUGUAAGUCUGAAUUGCGAGGUAUGUAAGUCUGAAUUACGAGGUAUGUAAGUCUGAAUUACGAGGUAUGUAAGUCUGAAUUGCGAGGUAUGUAAGUCAGAAUUGCGAGAUAUGUAAGUCUGAAUUGCGAGGUAUGUAAGUCAGAAUUGCGAGAUAUGUAAGUCUGAAUUGCGAGGUAUGUAAGUCUGAAUUACGAGGUAUGUAAGUCUGAAUUGCGAGAUAUGUAAGUCUGAAUUGCGAGAUAUGUAAGUCUGAAUUGCGAGGUAUGUAAGUCUGAAUUACGAGGUAUGUAAGUCUGAAUUGCGAGGUAUGUAAGUCUGAAUUACGAGGUAUGUAAGUCUGAAUUGCGAGAUAUGUAAGUCAGAAUUGCGAGAUAUGUUAGUCAGAAUUGUGAGAUAUAAACUAUGAAUUGUGAGAUAUGAAGUUGCAGAUCUCUUUUGUCUGUUUUAAUCCCAUGGUGUAAGCGGUUUCUAUGGUUGAGUGUGUGUCAGUGACGGCGUGUUCUUGCAGGUUUUCCCGUUGUCGUCUCUGGAGAAGCGACAGCCGACAGUUCUGGUCGUCUGCGGUCCGGAUCAGAACGGCUGUGUGGGUCUGGCGUGUGCUCGACAUCUGCGUCUGUUUGAAUACAUUCCAACCGUUUUCACCCCCAAACGCUCCUCAGACGCUCUUCAUCAGGACCUGAUGCUUCAGUGUGAGCGGAUGGACCUGCCGUUCCUGUCCUACCUGCCCACUGAGGUGCAGCUGAUCAAUGACGCGUAUAACCUGGUUGUGGAUGCAGUUCUGGGUCCAGAAACUGACCUGGAGUCAGUUGGAGAGCCGUUCACCGGAGUCCUGCAGACACUACGAGGACUCAAAGCGCCAAUCGUCAGCUUGGACAUCCCGUCAGGCUGGGACGCAGACGAGUCCAGCUCAGACGGGAUCAGUCCCGCUCUUCUGGUUUCCCUGAUGACGCCGAAGCGAUGCGCCCUGAGCUUCCCCGGAUCGCACUUCCUGGCCGGACGCUUCCUGCCCUACGACAUUCAGAGGAAGUACGAGCUGAACCUGCCCAAGUUCUCUGGGACAGACUGCGUGGUCCAGCUCUGA